AUGGAGACAGUCUACGAUAAGCUCGCAGCGUUAACUCGCGCAGCCUUUGCUUCGCUUUUCGACGGCGUGACCCCGCUUUUUAUCACCAUGGCGCAAGUCGGGUAUCAAGAGAAGAAACAACCGGAGUAUCAGACGACUGAUAGUGAGGAUGAUUCGCUGGAGAUGAUUACGGCACUCGUUGCUGAAGAUCAUGAGCAUGACAUCAAGCUGAGGACGAUGUCCUGGCAGAAGACGGCUAUCCUGCUUGCGGGCGAUCAGGUUUGUCUGGCCAUCAUGGCUCAGUCGUGGUCUCUCUCGGUCCUGGGCUGGGUUCCCGGCAUCAUCACCAUGGUCCUCUCCGGUGUUCUGUUCUGGAUUACUUCCAUCACCAUGCACAAGUUCAUCAUGAAGUACCCACAGAUCAAGGAUAUCUGUGAUUUCGGUUACUACGCUUUCGGAAAGAGCCGUGCAGCCUAUGUCUUCUCGGCGUUCAUGCUUCUGGCGAAUAACAUCCUUCUGAUCGGCUUCCACGUUCUGACCGGUGCAAAGGUGCUGAAUACACUCUCAGACCACCGCCUGUGCACGGCUGUCUUCUCCGUGAUCACGACCAUUAUGGGUAUCACGAUGUCCCUGCCGCGCACGCUGAACCACGUCAGUUCCAUGUCAAUGUUUUCUUCGGCAUGCAUGGGAACCGCUAUCCUCCUCUUCCUAGUGUUCGCGGGCAUCGAAAAGGCCCCCCUCUAUGGAUACAGCGGUAACUACCCGACUGCAGGACCCGUGAAGACAUACGCAUUCCCUCUUCCAGGUACGACAUGGGUGACAUGCAUGAAUGCAGUGCUGAACAUCACCUUCCUCUGGGUUCCCCAAAUCCUCUUCCCCACCUUUAUCGCGGAGAUGGAAAGACCUCAAGAUUUCCCCAAGGCCCUCGCCGUGCUCGCUGCAAUCUCCGCCAUCCUCUUCACCGUGCCUCCAGCCAUCGGCUUCCGCUACCUCGGUCAAUACGCAACCGCCCCCGCAUUCGGUAGUCUGGGUGUCGUCGCAUACAAGAAGGCUUCGUUCGGAUUCGUGAUCGUCCCAACGCUUAUCAUCGGCGUUAUUUACGCCAACGUCACGGCGAAGCUCAUCUACACUCGGACGAUGGGAGACUCGAAGCAUGCGCACAGCAACACGGUCAUGGGUUGGGGCGUCUGGGUUAUCGUAAUGGUCGGUAUCUGGCUCCUGGCCUUCGUCUUCUCAGAGGUGAUCCCAAGCAUGGGCGACUUCCUUUCUUUGCUGAGUGCAGCUUUCGAUUCCUUUUUCGGAUUCAUCUUCUUUGCCGUUGCAUACUGGCAGCUCAACAAGGGGAAGUUGUUCUCUGGUUUCGGGAAGACGGUAAUGAGCCUGGUGAAUGUUUUCAUUCUCCUUUGUGGACUGUUUAUUCUCGGUCCGGGGCUCUAUGCCGCUGUUGAAGCUAUCAUUGCCGAUUACUCCGGCAGUGUUACGCCUGCGUUUACUUGCGCCAAUAUGGCGCUUUAG